AUGCCAAAGGACCAUAACCCUUUACAUUCAUUACACUCCAACGGGACAAUAGGCAGCAGUAACGCUCCGGACCACGUGUAUCGUGUUUUCAGUGUCGAUGACGAUCCUGACGAGAUUGAGCACGACGUAAGGUAUCUGGAGGGGCUCCACGAUGGUCUGAAGUACGCUUUGCAUAACAGCAAAUCCAAGGGCCACCUACUUCCGUCGGCUACCUCAGAUGGAAAUGGCCAACAUUCCAAGUCUAAGCUGAAAACGAAGACAAAGUUUAGGACAAGUCCCAAAAAGAAGUCGGUUUCCAAGUCAAGGAAGGAUGCCGAUGGUGGUGGGCCCUCCAAAAUCUCUAUUCCCCCUUUAGGUGCACCACAGAAUGCCAGCAAUAUUGAUGUAGAGCCAGAUGCUAACAAGUUUGUCAUUCACGAUCAUCCUUCCGGUAUUGGGCAUGAUUUGAUAUUUGAAGACCGAAACAUAGACGAGGAGAAUGGGCCAGGCGAUGAUGAACGGUCUACGACUUCUAUGGAAUCCUACACUUUGCGAGAGAGGCAAGACGCGAUCAAUGAAACACAUCCUUUCGGUAUCAGGAUAUGGAAACCAGCAUUGUACAAAAAACAAAGGUCUGUUCAAAAAGUGGCCGCUGAGGAUAUCCAUGAAACUCGAUUGAAGAAGAUCACUUGGGAGGUUCAUCUAAGCAACAUUCUUUGGGCUGUAUCCUGCGGAACUUUCCUCUUCCUAUUAAUGGAUAUUGCGGGUGUAUUGGUUUAUGUGCUUGGCUUAUUUACUCGGUCUUCGAAAGAGUAUGCGCUCCUGUGCUUCAGGCUCGGCCGCUAUCUCCUGUGGCCUUUUGGUAAAGUGGUUUAUCUAACACACGAUGAGCACUAUAUACAGGAGGACAUGGAUGAGGGCAUAAGCACACAACAGUUCUAUAACUGGGUUACUUCAUAUAGUAAUCGGUUAUUUUUUCAUCAAUCCCAGGCAGAAACAAAUGAUGCAUUGAAGCAACAUGGCAACAAACUGCAGCAUCCAUCAUACGGCUCCGUGAGGCAACAUUUGGCCGCUGCUCACGAAGAGUCACCUUCCAUACACGGUAUCCUAUCUGAACAUCCAAGUGGUACUGCUGAGACAGUCGAGGGUUAUUCUUCUGGGACAGGCAUCCAAAGGAGAUACUUUGGUAGGGGCAAGUGGUCCUGGGGCAGACUGAUUUUUUAUGUGCUUUUCCACCUUCUAAUACAGCCAAUAGUUUUCGUAAUCUCGCUGGUUACGUGGUUAGCAGUUUUUACAAUACCGAUGAGUAAUAUCCUGUGGAAUUUAAUGUAUCAUUGCAGGAGACAUCCUUUGGCGUUGGGUUUCAAGUACAUCAAGAAUACUAGUGCUCAGGACGAUUCCAUAAUCAAGGCUCAAGUUGGUAAGAAUGUAUUGCUCUGCACUUUUCGCUGCGCUGGUUGGCAUUAUUAUAAGUUUACUGUUGAUGGGACCAAUGUUAUAGUGGUCAACCUAAUGUCAUUAGUCCUUUUUACCAUUUUUGAUUUUUACGUUUUCAAGAAACAAUGGCAUUUCAGUAAUUGGCUAACUCAUGAGAUAACGAUUUUCACUUUAUGUCUCGCUUCAAUUAUUCCACUAGCAUUUUACAUCGGCCAAGCUGUUGCAUCAAUUUCGGCUCAAACAUCCAUGGGCGUUGGUGCUGUGAUUAAUGCUUUUUUCUCCACGGUUGUAGAAAUUUUCUUAUACUGUGUCGCUUUGAAACAAAGCAAAGGCCGUCUGGUUGAAGGAUCUAUGAUUGGUUCGAUCCUAGGUGCAGUCUUGUUGUUACCAGGUCUGUCGAUGUGUGGUGGGGCUCUAAAUAGGAAGACGCAACGAUACAAUCCAGCCAGCGCCGGUGUGUCCUCCACUAUGCUAAUCUUUUCUAUGAUUGUUAUGUUUGUGCCGACCAUAUUUUAUGAGAUAUAUGGCAGCUACACUGUGCGUUGCGAAGACGACAAAGAUUUAGCGUUGACUUUUGCAAACAUUUCCAAGGUCUUUACUUCAGAAAGAUGUUAUUUUACUCAUCCGCCUCUAAAAUACACCAAGAUGUACGUCAAUGUCAUUCAGCCGUUGUCAAUAUCCUGUGCGAUUGUUCUCUUCUUGGCAUAUAUCAUCGGUUUGUGGUUCACCCUAAGAACGCACGCAGUAAUGAUUUGGCAAUUACCGAUCACGGAACAGGCUAAAGAGAUGAGCGCAAGUCGCACGCUUGAAAGCAACCCGCGUGAUGACCAAGACGUUAAUGAUGAUGGUGCCUCCAGUGGUCAUGAAGCCCCCAACUGGUCGAGGAACCGGUCGACAUGUAUUCUUUUGGUGGCAACUCUGCUCUAUGCAGUCAUUGCUGAAAUACUGGUGUCGUGUGUAGACGCAGUUUUGGAAGGUCUUCCCUCACUGAAUCCCAAGUUCCUCGGUUUCACUAUAUUUGCACUAGUGCCGAAUACCACAGAAUUUUUGAAUGCUAUUUCUUUCGCCAUGCAUGGCAACGUCGCUUUAUCAAUGGAGAUCGGUAGCGCAUAUGCUUUACAAGUUUGUCUGCUACAGGUACCUGCUUUGGUUCUCUACUCGGUUCUAUACACUUGGAAGAUGGAUAUAUCCGAGAUAUCUAUCAGAGAUAUGAUGUUUCCGCUGGUGUUCCCAAAAUGGGAUCUCAUUGCAUCGAUGGCAAGCGUGUUUCUCUUCACCUAUUUAUACGCGGAAGGGAAGUCGAAUUAUUUCAAAGGCUCGAUGUUGAUCCUACUCUAUGUUAUCACGGUGUUGGGCUUCUACUGUCAAGGCAUUAUAGAAGCUUGGGGUCCCACCUGA